AUGAAGACCUGUGGAUGGGACGAUGAGUUGCCAGAAGACGUCCGCCAACAGUGGCAACAGGUAUUUCAAGACCUAGAAAGAUUGUCAGGGGUCCAUACCACCAGGUAUGUAAAGCCUACGGAUGCUGCAGGAGAACCAGAGCUGCACUUAUUUGCAGAUGCAAGAAGCCAAGUAUAUGGUGCAUGUGCCUAUGCCAGAUGGUCAACUUCAGAUGACUCAGCGGAUGUAAGACUGAUAGCAUCCAAAUCUAGGGUAGCUCCUCUGAAGCAGUCGACCAUACCGAGGCUUGAAUUAAUGGCUGCGCUCUUGGCCCCGAGAUUAGCUAGGACUAGCUACAUUGAGAUGAAGAUGAAACCACAAGUCUUUCUUUGGACAGAUCCACAAAUUGUACUUCAUUGGCUGAAGACAGAAUCAUCAAAGAGAAAAGCCUUUGUUGGAGUGAGAGUCUCUGAGAUACAGUCGGAAUGGAAUCCAAACCAGUGGUUUUACGUACCAACCAGAGAAAAUCCUGCUAAUGACCUAAGUCGAGGUCUGAAAGUCCAAGAUGUAGGGAAAAGAUGGUUCCAGGGACCAGAAUUCCUUGCCCAGCCAAGGGAACAGUGGCCGAAACAGAAAGUCACAGAGACCAGUGAAUACACUGAGGAAGACAAGGUGUCUAGACCUUGCUUCGCCUUCAAGAGAGACUAUAGUAUGACAUUAAUGAAUGGUGAGAGGUACUCCAGUUGGCCAAGAUUAGCAAGAGUCACAGCCUAUUGUCUUCGUUUCAUACAGAAUUUGAAGAGAAGGUUUGACGACCAGGAUCUCCUAGAUGGAAGUCUAUCACCUGAAGAGAUCACAUCAGCAGAGAUGUAUUGGAUCAAGCAAGCUCAGAAGGACCUGGGAGAUUGGACAGAGACUUGUGCAGACUUGAGUCCUUUCAAAAAGGACAACAUUGUCCAUGUUGGAGGAAGACUUAGGAAGUCAGCCCUGAGCUAUGAUGAGGUGCAUCCGAUAUUGAUACCAAGUGGACAUGUCGCCAUGCUGAUCCUGAGAGAAGCUCACGAGAAGGUAUACCACGCAGGCAUUGAGCAGACCCUGUCACAGAGCAAACUUAGGUUUUGGAUCAUCAGAGGACGAAAUGCCACAAAGAAGUUGGUCAGGAACUGCGUGAUUUGUAUGAAACUGAGGCAACCAGCUCAUGCAACCUUGAUGGCAGACUUACCUCCAGAGAGAGUGAAUGUGUUCUCACCACCCUUCACGACCACAGGAAUUGACCUGUUUGGUCCCUUUUAUCUCAAAUAUGGACACAACAAGAAAAGGAAAGUAUGA